GCUUGCCUGGAAGACCGGCACAACAAUACAGGAAGCCAGCACUUAUCUGCAAGGCAUGGGGAGGAGGACACAGCAGACGGAUCAAGAACUGUGCAAGAUUUCUAAUAAAAAUGUACUCAAAUGAAGGAUGCUGGACCCCAAGGACUGUGGAGUGACAAUGACGUCCAGUCAUAAGAUUUCUUUUUCUAUAAUUGAUAUAUUGGAUCCGAACAAAUUCAACAGCAAAAGGGGAAACGAACUUUCUAUCGGCAAGGAGAAGUUCCCUGUGUCACAUGAAGAGGGAACAAGUUUGGAGUCGGACAGCACUGCAUGCGAAGACUUCAGAGUUGAGCAGACGAAAGCAGAGGAAGAGGCAGGAGAUGAACACUCUGCAUCCUCCAGGCAUCUUGAGGUUGUUGCUGACCCCCUUCUGCUCUCCCCACUGGCUGAAACAGAGCCUUGUCUCCCUGGGGAAGAAGAGGACGAUGGGGAGUCAGCGGCCAACCAGCAGGACCCCUCACCCCACAAGCGCCGGCGCACGGACCAGGCCUGCUCAAAACCACGGCGCGCCAGAACAGCGUUCACGUACGAGCAACUGGUGGCUCUGGAAAACAAGUUCCGCACGACACGGUACCUGUCUGUGUGCGAGAGACUAAACUUGGCCCUGUCCUUGAGUCUGACUGAAACCCAGGUGAAAAUCUGGUUUCAGAACCGGAGGACCAAAUGGAAAAAGCAGAACCCUGGGGCAGACAGCAGCACCCUGCAGCCCGGCUCCAACUCCCUGGUCAACGCCAGUCCAAACCUGUCCACCUGUGGGGCAAGCCCCGCCAGCUUCCACCAAACUUUCACCAACUUCCCUCCUGGGAAUGUGAUCUUCCACACGGCCGGCGGUGUUCCUCUUUCAAAUGGAGGGCUCUUGCAUCCCUUCAUGUCCAGUGGUUUCGUCCAGCCGACUUAUUUUAACCCACAUCUAUGAGAGAAGCCAAGACUGACUGCAGCUGGUGAUAAUGUUGGGUGAAUCUUUACAGUCACGAUUCACAGCUGAAUCUUACUGCCCAGAAUCAUUGUAACUGUUGCAUUAAUGCCAUAUCAUGUUCUACAAACUGAGGAGAAAAGGACGCACCUGUUUGUUAUGUCCCAUCACCAUUUUCUUCAACUGGGUUAUCUUUUUUUUUAAAGAACUUGAACUUGAACGCCAUAACAAAAAGCCAAAUCUGUGACUGAGCCUAUCAAUUUUUCAAACAUUCAAUGUUCCUUUCUAGCUCUGUGAAAAGACUGCACCUCUCUGUGCUAAUUGUCUGUCAUUGUGUUUGCUGAAACACCUGCUCACGCUGUAUAUUUGACAGUUCGUACAGUAUCAUUUUCUGCAUCGGUGUACUGUCU